AACUAUCUAGAGAAAUAGCUUUGUGAUUUAUAUAUAUUUAAAAAAAACAUCAUUUUUUAUCUUAUAACUUUUGAACUAUCCUUGUAUUUAUAGGAGGAGGUGUUGCUGCUCCACCCCUUCAUUAGUCCGCGGGACUUUGGCAUGAGAGACAACAAGACCCCUCCCCGUAUUUGAUCACACACUGAACUGGCCCAAAGUGCAUUUUCCGCUCUUCAGCGCCCUCCUGUGGAGAUCAUAAUGAACACAGACAGUAAAUCCAUGAAGCGCACUUGUUCAGAGCGCUCACUCUUUCUUUACUCCAUCCCUGAGACUAUGUCUCUCCUCCAGUUCCCUACUUUGCCUCGUCUUCCACCCUGGACCUCAGUGAGUUAAAUGGCUUUGCUUUACGCCGCGUGGAUUUGGCGAAAUUGAAUAAAAACGCACCCCGCCUUUGUUCCGGAAAUCUUUUUAAAUAUUAACAAGUGGUCAUGACAUCUCUGAGUGGAAGAGGAGAGAGACCGGUCACUGGAGGACACGGGAGCUGUGAAGUGCAGCAUCACUGUGAGCCCGCUGCUUUUUUCGCGAGCGUUAAAGCAACAGAGCGACGACAGCAGCCCAACAAGGAGCGUCCCGCUCCGGUAGGCGCCGGAGGCUGGAGGCAGGGUGACCCGUAUCCCAACUUGUCCCUGAGAGCGGAGGCUGCUGGUCUCGGCUCCUACAGCUCCCUCCCCGGCUCCUCCAUCGGGGAGCGCAUCAAUUCUACGAUGUGGUUCGGCGCCGGGACUCUGUGCAGAGGCUCCAGGGCGGACAGCGCCAGCCUCGGGAAGUCUGAGAGGAAAGUUGGAUGUUGUGAGAAGUGCUCAGCGACCCUGGUUGCUCUGAAGAAACAAGCCCUGAGUCUGGCUGUGCACCAUCAGUUCUCCUGCAAGGUCAGUGGCUGGGUUAUUCUGAUCUUCCUCACGGCCACCCUCCGAGUCCACACGCGCUCUACCCUUGAAUCCAGGGAAAGAGAGCGAGAGCAGGGCCAGUGCACGGCCUGCGGGACCAACGUGAACCAGCUCAAACACGAGGCCGUCCACCUGGCUCUGAGCAGGGGACAUUCGUCGGCCAAGCCUCCCUUCGACCACAGCCUCAGCGCAAGUUCGCUGCUGGGCAUAAACGAAACGAGGCACGCCGAUAGGGCCGCGAGAGAACCCGACGUGGCCGCGCAUCAGUCCCCAGGUCGAACGCACUGUCCGCAGAGUCCCAGGACGCCCCAGAGGACACCUCAGACCCUGAGACGGCGGGGACUCAAACCCGCCAACCCCGACAUGGACCGCUGGGUGGAGGAGCAGCAACAACUUGCGGCUUAUAAAUCCGUCUCCAACGCUGAUGGCGUCACCAUGUACUCUUACCAUAAGGCUGGCGGUGAUGCAAAUCCAGGCCGAGGUGAUGCAGGGACCUUACAGACCAGCUCCAAGAUCCCACACAUUUCCAGAGUGGUGAACAUCGCCAACACUGCCGCUAUGUCCUUCUUGGCCAAGGCCGCGGAGAAGCUUAGCCUGACACUGAGGAAAAAAGGCCAGGCUUCGGAUUCGGCUCCCGCUCAUCUCUCCACACGCUUCAGGGACAUCAUCCAGAAAAAUCCGCCAUCCGUCCCCUCCUGCCUGCUCCAAGCUGCCACCAGAACCAGAGACUCACCCAAUGUUGGCAAGGUCAAAGUGGUGCUGAGGGUGAGUCCAACACUGUCAGCGGACCAAGGCCAAUCCCCCGUCCUCCAGAUCGAUCCGGCUAAAAAAAGAGUCACCAUAAGGGAACCGUUUGGUAACUGCCUACCACAAACUGCGAUGGUCCUGGGCAGGGACGGGAAAAACCUUCUGAAGACGUUCAACUUUGAUGCGACUUAUUCUCAAGAGUCAAGCCAGGCGGAGGUGUGCGCAGGGGUCUUGGCUGACGUCAUCCGCUGCGUGCUCAGCGGCAGCGACGGAUGCGUCCUGGGUUUGGGUUGCGCUGAUGUGGGCUCCUGGUCCAGCAUGGUGGGGAGUGACGAGAGUGUCCAGAAGCUGGGGCUCAUUCCCUGCGCCAUCUCCUGGCUGUACAGCUCCAUCGAGCGGCGCAGAGAGAAGACCUGGACCGAUAUGACGGUGUCGGUGUCCGCCAUUGAGCUGUGUUGUGGGGAGGAGGACACGCUGAGAGAUCUGCUGGGGGAGUUCUCCCCCUUGGUGGGCAGCGCACAGGACAGCCCACAGCCACGUAUCAGACUCCAGGAAGACCCCGUCUACGGAAUCCAACUACGUAACCACAACCGGGUGAAGGCCCCCACUGCUGAGCGAGCGGCUUCCCUGCUGGACGUGGCCAUCGCAGCUCGUCGACACAGCGACUUCAUCACGUAUCUGUCCCACACAUCCGUAAUGUUCUUCACCCUCCACGUGCAGCCUCCUCGGACAGAGAGCAGCACCAUCGGGAAAGGCUUACGUGGUCCCACCAAGUUGAUCCUAAUAGAUGUAAGUUCCGGAAUGAGGGCUAUGAGUAAAAAUAAACCUCCCUAUUCUGAACUGGGUCCCGUCAUCGUGUCUCUACUAAGUGGACAUAAACCCCCCCCUAACAGGGGCAGUAAGUUGACCAUGCUCCUGCGAGAGGCCCUGGGUCACACAAACUGUCACGUCACAGUCAUGGCUGAAAUCGCCGAUUCACUCACACACCUUCAAGAGACAUUGUCCACUGUCCACCUGGCUGCGCGCAUUCGCCGGACACAGAAGAGAACGAAGCAAUCCACCUCAUGCUCUCCAUGUGGAAGAAGUUUAACUAGACAAAAAAAAGGACCCCAGCCUUUCUCCCUGCGGGCCUUCCACUCCACUGACGAGGUAGAUGUUGACAACUAUCCUCUACGUCUUCGCGGCGAUCUCGAUGAGCAUUCUGGUAGCGAGCAAUCCUGCGACACGGUUAUCCAAAUAGGCUCGGAUGGCUUCAUCAAUUCCAAAGCCGCGGGUCUGACACAACCGAAGUUUGUGCCAAUUAUACCUUCUCUUAAUCCCAACAAAUCCGACCUGGAUGACCCAGAGUUCACCGCUCUGCUGCAGGAGCUUCUGAGGAUUCCUCAGCUGCAGGGGGAAAAGAAGAAAGACGAAAUGCUUCAAAGUCAUACAGAAAUGCUCAAAGCAGACGCCAAGCCGCCGGAGAGGGAUUGUCUCAAAUGCGAGACGUUUGCUGAACUUCAGGAGCGUCUGGGUUGUAUCGACGGAAGUGAGGUAAUAAUGGAAGUGCUGAAGUGCUCCUCCAAGGUCCCAUCUGUGAACGACGUCUCAACCAAAUCACAUCCCAGAAAAGAAAAUGGAAAACACACCAGUACGAAAGCACUGAAAGCACCACAGGGGUUGUUGAAUCAGGGCUUAGGCUGCAGUCAAACCGCUGAAGGAGAAAAGAAAACAGAUGGUGCCUUCCCAGGAGACAGUUUUCAGAGAGAGGAUUCGGGUCUUUAUGAUUGUGAGGAAUGCAGUGCGGCCAGUUCAAGUGAGGAAAUCCUCAAUCAAGCUCUCGGUCUGAACACAAACUGUUGCGCCGAGCAUCCCAACACUGGAACUCCAAAGUUAGCUAAUAAGCUGCCCUCCAAGUCCUGUGGUGAAACCACCGCGGGUGUUUCUCCAGCGCUUCAGUCCGCGGACAAACAGGAGGGUCUGGAAACUGCUGAGUGGUUCAAACCAGACAAAAGGACCUCGCCAGUUGGAAAGAGUUCCCCCAUAUCCCCCUCCUCCUCAUGCUCGUCGUCACACUCCGUGGCUAACAGUGUCGUACACAAAGACGUCUUACCCAACUGUCCGGCAAAGGACGUUAAAGAAAUGAAGGCCACCAUUACAGUGACCGUUCAACAGCCGCUGGACCUCAAAGGUCAGGAUGAACUGGUCUUCUCAAUGGUAGAGGAGGUGACCAUCAGCGGGGCAUUGAACAGUGGGAGGACGGGGGGAAACAUUAUUUGCAUCAGAGACCAGCAACACUCAAAUACUGAAGGCUUGGCCAAUUCUCAGCCAAUAAGGAUAAUUAGCAACGUCAGCGAGGAAUCUCUCGCUGCAGGUUCUCCUGACAACACCGUGGUCUCGGUGGUUGAGUCUGCAGCCACAGAAACCACCGCGAAGCCUCAGCAUCAGUGCAGAAGGGAAAAGGGUUUCAUACCCUCAUUUAUUAACCCCAUGUUGAUUCACACGGACGUGGAUUGCGACGUGGAUGGCGGAGAGGAAAAACAAACGGUGGAUUGCGACGUGGAUGGCGGAAAGGAAAAACAAAUGUUUCAGGAAAACAACACAGCGUCUGACAUACGAGGAAAUCAUUUUAAAAAUCCCGAAGACAGGAAUAUGAAUGAGAAGAGAAAAAAAGUGUUUGAGAGUCAGACGCAAUUAAAAAAGCUGGAAAAACCACGCGAUUCUGCUUUUAGCGAAAUUCCCUACGACUCAGUGGAUUCGGCAGCUUUCGGUGGUAGAAGCGCAGACGAUGCCGUGGAAAGAGGAAACGCAGGAGACAGGAGACACCCAGGAGAUGAGGAACAUGUUUUUUCCAGCUCCAACUCUAAUGGGAGCUCAGAGGGGGGCAAAUGCAUCGGGAAUGCCCCCAGGAGAAUCUGUGUUUUACCUUGUUGCCAAGAAACUGCCCCUACGCCCUUUGAAACAGGCAGUUCGCCUCAGGGAUGGCAAAAUGCCAACGUCCAGGACUGUUAUUUGAUAAGCAGCCGCAGAGACACCAGGGGGAUGACAUCAUCCACCCCGUGCAGCCCGGGAGUGACCCCGGAUAAGAGGCCGGGCAGAACCUCUCCGCUAAACCACGGCCUUCAAGUCUCUUCCCCUUUUAAAUGUGGAACUGAGCUUACACAGAAAGCUGGUAGUUCUUCAAGGCAGGGUGUUGCAUCUGUGUCGGAGACCUCCAAUCCAAGAAUAAAACAUGAAGGCAUAAGUGGGCGGCAGCAGUCACCCCCCGAGAACAGUGGCAGGCUUUUCAGUGCCAGAUUGGAGCAGCUGGCCUGCAAGACCAAUUCCCUCGGGAGAGCUCCGAGAGACUUCCCGACUCUGUACAGAGGCAGUAGUAACACCUCCAUGAGUUCCAAGGGGAGUUCCAGGGGCAGUAAUGAAGGGGCUUGUAGACGAGUCUAUAAGGACACAAAUGAGGGCCAUUGUACUUUACCCAGGGCGAGCAGGAGCUCCAGGAAAAGCCAUCGUUCGGAUCAGAGUCAUCACUACUCUUCUCAGAUCUCUGUAAAUCAACCUUCCAAGCAUAGCCACUCCAAGCUCUCUGCCGUCGGAAAACUCAAAAUGGCCGCACCCAAGGCUCGUCGACUGUCUGCUCCCAGCAUCAAAAACGUCAGCAUGACCCACAGAGGUCUGUCGCAGUCCGGCAGCCGCAGUUCCAGUAUUUCCCCAGAGAGUAAAAACGACGGCUUGGAGGCAAACUCUUCGCCCCCUUGCUUUUCCUCCCCGCCGCUCUCUUUUCAAUCCAUCAGUCGGACCCCGAGCCAGAGUUCCACAUGUUCCUCCACAAAGUCCGCCAUCCAGGGCUUUGUCAACGGCCGCAUCGCCGAACUACUCAAGGAAAGGUCCGCCAGUCCUGGAUCAGCAGAACUGGAUGAAGUUGGUAGCAUUCCCUCGCCGUACAGCCGGCUGACUGCUCCACGCUCACCCGACCACCUGAGUGGGCACGCCAGUGACACCACUAGCGUGUUGAGUGGUGAUUUGCCACCGGCGAUGGGAAAGACCUCGCUGUAUUUCUCUAACAGGAACAGUACCGUGAGCAGUGGCUACGACAGCCUCCUCAGGGACGGUGAAACCGCUUCGAACCGAGAUUCUGUCAGCGACAGGAGCGGCUCUCUUCUCAGUGCGACUCGCAGCAGUCGAUCGUCCAGAAAGAAAGGCAGCACAGCCUCUCAUCAGCGUCGUCCGUCCAAAGAGGAAACCAUGUCCCUCAGACGGUCGCCUAGUGGUCUGAGGUCUCGCUGGGCAGAUCGAGGAAUUCCAGAGGCCUACGAGAUCAAGGUGUACGAGAUCGACAAUCUGCAGAGGAUGCAAAAAAGAGCAGGGUCCAACAUUCUCCAGCGCCAAACUGAAGUUUUUGAAGAAUUAGGAUCAGCCGAGGAUCUCAGAGGUCGGAACCACAUCCACCAAACUGAGGAGGGGGCUCACGCUGGAGGGUGUCAUUUGGAUCCAAGAGUUUGACCUGUGGCAGUUGCUGAAGUACGCGUACACGGCAAAGGUGGUGUCUGAGGAAUUGUGAGGCUAAUGACAUUACGGUCACCUGUUCAACGCCACCACCAGGAGGUGGCGCAAGAAGACACUGUCAGAGAAUGAGUUACAUAAAAUAAGCCAUUUUGCCAUCCCUGCCUGUGUUGUUUAUGUCUACAACUUCGUCGUUUAUCUUUGUAAACACUUUCUAUUUGACUUGUCCACUAGCUUUAACGGUGAUCUGUAAAUGAAACCUUUUAUGUUAAUUGUCGUUACACUGGGUGAGAGGUGGAUUCUUACUAAAGUUAUUAUUAUUAUUAUUAUUUUUAUUAUUAUUAUUG